AUGGCGGAAAACAAAAGAGGUCGUAAGAAAAUAGAGUUGGUGAAAAUGAAGAAGGAUCAAGUUACAUUUUCAAAAAGAAGAUACGGUCUUUUUAAAAAAGCUUGUGAGCUUUGCACAUUAUGUGAUGUAGAUAUUGGAAUGAUUGUGUUAUCACCUAGUCAGAAAGUUUUCUCAUUUGGCAAUCCAGAUGUUAAAUCUGUAAUUAACCGUUUCAACAAUGGUUUUCAUAACCCUCUUCAACUUCUGGGAGGCGGUCGGAACGCAUUUAUCCAAGCUCACAACGAAAAACUCAAAGAGGAGUUAGCAAAGCUUGAAAAGGAGAAAAAAGGUAAGAAAGUUUUGGAUUAUAUACAAAAUAAGAGAGAGCAAGUACCGAAAUGGUGGGAAAAGCAUCCGAAUGAGCUUGACCUUACUCAAACCACUCAUCUAAUAAGUGCUUUGGAAGAUCUGAGAAAGGAGUUGGGAGGUCAAACGUUGCAGACAAUUGUGCCUCAUAAUAUCCAGAGAGGAAGUCAAACUGUCACAAACGGUGGUCGUGGUAAUAUCGAUAGUUUUGGCAAAAGAAGAAUGAUGGAUGUGAAUGAUGGUCGUGGACAUAACAAUACCAACCUUUCUACGUUGCUUGAUCCAGAAUACAUUAUAAAUAGGUCAAUGUACAACCACAACCAUCGCUAG